GGAGGCUUGCUCCGGAGCGCCUUGCGUGGCUUCUAUCCUCACUUCUUGAUUGAAGUCGAGUCGUUCAUUUUGUACCGUCAACGCCAUAAUGUAUACUCAGCUAUCAACAUGGCUCGCUGUAUCAGCAGCCUUGUGGCCAACAGUCACAGCCUUCUACCCGUACCAAUACGACAGCGGUAGCACAACGGCGUCUUCAAGGCGGCGAAGUGCAAAGCUUCCAAGACCAAACUCGGGAUCGAUAACACUUCCCCUGCGACGCGUCCCAGCCCCCAUUCGAUCCCGUCAACAGAACACUUACAGCAUUGUCAAUUCCAAAGACCCGAGUCAGGAGAACAGUAUUGCAAUUGAUCAGGAUGGGAGUGAUCUGAGCUAUAUGGUCGCCUUGACGAUCGGCGACAGCAAGGAGGAGUACCACCUUCUGCUUGACUCGGCGGCAAGCAACACAUGGGUCAUGGGGCAGGACUGCAAGACCGAUGCUUGUGGUACGCACACAACAUUCGGCACAGGAGACUCGAGCUCUCUCAAGACUCAAAAUACACCAUUCAGUGUAACGUACGGAACCGGUUCCGUCAGCGGCACGCUCGCAACCGACACCCUCCACAUUGGCUCUCUCUCCCCCUCCGUAUCGUUCGGCCUCGCAACCAACGUAUCCGAUGAAUUCAAAUCCUAUCCCAUGGACGGCAUUCUGGGCAUCGGCCGCGGCGACGUGGUCAAAGGCACAGCACAAGUCAUGGACGUGUUGAAGGCCGACCAGCAGAUCGGCGCAAAAAUGUACGGCAUACACCUGAGCCGCGCCCGCGACGGCCUCAACGACGGCGAGCUCAACCUCGGCGACGUCAACACGGCCCGCUUCGCCGGCGACCUCAAUUGGCUCGACUGCAUCCCCAACGAUACGGGCUUCUGGGAAAUCCCCGUCGACGACGCUACCGUCAACGGUGCGCCCGUCGGUCUCUCCGCGAAACAAGGCAUCAUGGACACGGGCACCUCGUACAUCCUGAUGCCCCCCGCUGACGCGCUCGCCAUCCACUCGCUGAUCCCCGGGUUCGCGCAGGCAGGCGAGAUCUUCAGCGUGCCGUGCGACACCAAGGCGCCGCUGCAGUUCGUGUUCGGCAAGACGGGGUACAACAUCUCGACGGCGGACUGGCUGGGGGGUAGUCUGGAGUCGGGGCUGUGCCGCAGCAACAUCGUGGGCCGCCAGACGUUCAACGAGAGCCAGUGGCUGAUUGGCGACGUGUUCCUCAAGAACGUGUAUGCCGUGUUUGACUUUGAUGGGAGUAGAGUCGGGCUGGGGAUGCCGCCGUCGGAGAGCUCGACUCCCGGCUCGAGCGCAGGCGGCAGCGCUUCCUCGACUGCGGCGGCGACGGCGACGGCGACGGCGACGGCAUCUACGGCCCCGGGCGCGACGCAGACGUCCGCCAUGGAGGGCAGCGUGGUGCCGAGCACGAGCGCUGCGGCAGACAGCCAAGGUCAAAACAGCCAGCAGGGCAGCGCAGAUGCGCUUCCUCAGGCCCCUCUGGCGCUAGCACUGUGUGCUCUCGCUAUUUCAUUGUGUAUAUAGACCGCGGAAGGGAGCGGAUAGGGCAUUUACAAGCAUGGGACGGCGUUCGCAUCAGGGACAGGCAAGGCAUAGCACGGCGUUGG